UUGUGCGAUAGUGUGUGUUUGUGUGUGUGUGUGUGUGUGUGUGAGUGUGUGCGCGCGCGCAGGGGGCAGGUGCAGAACUGAAACCUCCACCUCAUGCAAAUAUAACGAGUUUUAGAGAGCGCGAGGCAGCGCGUUUGGUGAAAUUUGGUGGAAAGUUGUGAAAUUCAGAUCACAGUAAAGUGAUCAGAAGCUCCUCGCGCUCAGCCUCGUGCAGUAGUUGUGCUUUAAGGUUCCACCUGUUACAGCAGGUGACGUAAUGCCCCAGCUGACCGCAGCGUUGCAGGUGGCGCUGUUGCUUUCUGUGGUGCCCGCUCAGUACCUCAUCAGCAAAUGGACCAGCGGAACAGCGGCACAGCGCAGCGUCGCCACACAGGGAAUUGUGGAUAUGUGGAAAAAUGUGAGGAAGUCAUACCUAAACGUGACUGUGUGGGUGGACUGGCUGAACUCUUGGGUCCCCAAUAUGCCGCUCCUCGGAGAACAGGAAGAGGACAUAGGGCGCAUGAUGGAGGAGACGUUUGCACUGGAGCUGCUGAUGCACAGUAAUGACCAGGGCUAUUUUGGAGUCUCUAAGGAGCAGCAUAGCCCCAGGCCGGAGUAUGUGCUGCAUCGCGUUGGAGAGGUUGUCACAGAGACACAGAAUCACAUGGUGGGGGUGAUAGUGGGCUGGGACGCUGGACUACAAGCCCCUCCGGAGUGGAUAAAAAGGAAGAAAUUCACAGACUCAGAGGUGAGAAGACUGGAGGACACUCCACACUACAGAAUUCUGUUCAGUGGCCCUAAUCAGUCCUCUCUAAUGAUUGGAUAUCUGCCCCAGAAUGCAAUACAGCUGUUUGAGGGAUAUCAGCCAGACAUCCCCACUCUGGAUCAGUACUUCUAUCACUUUGAUGGGAAAAGGUUUGUGAUGCAGGAGUGGUUGAAAGAGGUUUACCCUGAAGACUGAGGGACAGAACACAUCAGCGCACUGAGGACAGAACAGAUACACUUCUGUCAUCUCACUGUGAAGGUGUGGACGUUGUUCUCCACAGUGGACACAUGGCAUCAGCUGUUUCAAAUUAGCACUUUAGUCACUUUGAGAUGCUCUCCUUUCACUGCCACACCUUGAAGCCUCCUGCUUCAGAAUGGAUGAGAUGUGGGUCGGGUUUGUGCUUACAGGGCUCUUGCAGUAGCCUGAUUUGGAACUGCAGGGAUAUUUAUGUAACAUAGCUUUAACUUGCAAAAUACGUGACAGGGUGGAGAGCUGAGGAAUGGAGUCCAGCACAGUUUCCUCAAUUCUCUGAUCUGACAACAACUAGUAAUUUACUGAGCUGAAUCACUGAAAUUACUGAACUGUGCAGGAAUGAGGCCCUCCAUGAGUUCCCCACCCCGGCCACAGGAUUAACAUAAAUGGCAAGUCACUAAAUGACUGUUGAGCAAAUGAAGGACCAGCUCAUAGAAUGAGACUUUUCAUUUCUGUUAUUUAAUUACCAGUGUUGAUCAUACAUACACCAGUUAGUAUGAAUGUAAUUCAGGCAAUACAGUCCAUGUGAUUUUCUUAUUUUGUACAACAGUAUUGUAUUUUAAAUUUCCUUAAAAGUUAAGAUGUAUUAAAACACAAUUGAAGUAUAUGAAGCAGUUCAGAGAGCUCGUUUGGUGAUACACUCAUGUACUCCAUGUGUUACAGUAGCUCACACUGUAUCAUGAUUUUGUUUGCAUUGUUGAGCUUAAAGGGGUUUUAUUUAGGUUAAAGGGCAAUGAAAAUCACAGGCCAUAUUAGACUGCUUUUAAAUCUGUGAAGUUUGUCAGAUACCACUAUCAGUUCUUUUUUAAUUGUCUAUCAAUUUAAAACCCCUGGUAAAUGCAGGGAAGACAUUUAGUAAGCCAAGUAGCCUAAAGCUUAUCCUAUUUCAGUGUCUGGUCUAUAGAAGGUGACCUUGCUUGCUGCUUUGCAUUUUUUAUUUCUGAUUAAAGUGAUACUUUUGACCCAUGUUUGGAUCCAGCACUUUACAACAGAGGUUCCCACUUUACUUUUCCCAGAGGUUGUUACCACAAGCAACAUCGCUUAGUGAUAUAUGACCCGUAAGAUUCAUAUUCAUCUGUCUACUUAGAGCAAGAAUUCAGUGAAAAAUCAAAUUUACACAAUUUUCCCCAUCCAAAAAAUAUAAUCUGUUAGCCAAGACACAUUUGGUGUCCAAUGUUUGCUAAUGUGCAGUACUGUGCAAAAAGGCUUAAGCAGCUGAGAAAAUCCACUGGUCCACUGAUAAUGGUCUUUGGUGAGAUCUAAUGCCAUUUAUCUGAGCUGUAAUCAUUUAUCUGUUAAAAAAACACCCUAACAUUAAAUACAAUAAACAAUGCAUUAUAAUUUGAUCAGUGUGUUUCAGUGUGUUAACCAUUAGCUUAACCAUUUCCAAAGCUCUCCUCUAACUUAGUUACCAUCCCAUACCUACUUAAUCUAAUCAAUUCUUUAUUAAAUUUGUUAAUGGAAUUUAACAAAUCCAUGCAAUGACUGGAGUGUAGUGAGAAGUCAAAAACCAAACCUGCGUUCUACUAACUCUAUUCUAUUAAUUUUUAUUCUAUUUCUAUAUUCUAUUAAUAUAAAAGAAGUAUCCUAUUAAAACGGGGCAGGCUGGUGGAUGGGAGUGGAUAUCCCAUGCACUUCAAGAGGCCAGGUUGAUUCUUUUGGGCUGCGUCCUCCCUCUGUUUGACACAAAACCAGUGAUGUCGUUGGUUUGUUUUUAUUUUUCCUUGUUUUUUUCUUUGGAACGGCUUUGGUGGUAAAGACUGUGCUUUGAUGCCACAUCUUUCAAGAGGAAUUCCAUUUAUUUUUCUACAUUUCUGUAUAAUUCAGUCAUUGGGAUGUAAACAAAGCCAUUCACAGUGGU